ACCAUCCUGACAGUCAGAAUGGCGGGUGUAUUUUAGUACGCCAUGUUCCCGUGGUUAUUGAUAAAUUCUAUAAAAGCCAAAUUUUUGUACCUUUUUUGUACCUUCAUAUUCAAUUAUAAUACGAGUAAUUUUAUUUGUGGUUUCCAAGUUUUACUCAUUUUAUAUUUUGCUUGCUAUAAGAGUUUUGCAGGCGUUAUAAUUUUUCAAGUUAUCGAUUUCAUUAUUAAGAAAAAACGCUAAGGUACAAUUAUUUUUAUUACGCCAGGAUUUAGUACCUUUAAUGUUUAAUCUGUUAAGUUCAAGUAACUCAGUAAAUCAUGUUUUAAAAAAGGCUACACGCCAAUUCAAAGAAAUCUUCCUAAGAAAAAUCAUUUUUAAGACAUGAUUUUCUGAGUUAUUUGAACUUAACAGAUUAAACAUUAAAGGUACCAAAUCCUGGCGUAAUAAAAAUAAUUGUACCUUAGCGUUAAAAAAGGCUAGGCGCCAAUUCAAAGAAAUCUUCCUAAGAAAAACCAUUUUUAAGACAUGAUUUUCUGAGUUAUUUGAACUUAACAGAUUAAACAUUAAAGGUACUAAAUCCUGGCGUAAUGGAAAUAAUUGUAUCUUAGCGUUUUUUCUUAAAAAUGAAAUCGAUAACUUGAAAAAUUAUAACGCCUUCAAAAUUGUAAUAGCAAGCAAAAUAUAAAAUGAGUAAAACUUGGAAAGCACAAAUAAAAUGACUCAUAUUAUAAUUGAAUAUGAAGGUACAAAAAUGUGGCUUUUAUAGAAUUUAUCAAUAACCACGGGAACAUAGCGUAAUAAAGUACACCCGCCAUUCUGACUGUCAGGAUGGCGGGUGUACUGUUUUUUGAUGAUAACUUUACGUACCGUGAGGUACAAUUUUUUUUAAUGGAGGUACUAAAUAGUACAAAUUAGGUACAAAAAUAUGAUAUGCUUUUGAAUUAUUUUUAUUUAGGUACACCCGCCAUUCUGACUUUCAACUGGAGUUGCAGGCGUACAUAAGCUACGGAGACUGCUUACUAUUAGGCGGGCCGUGUGCUUGUUUGCCACCGACGUAGCAUAAAAAAAAUUAACAUUUUACGUGAUAGCCAUAAAAAAAUAAUUGUCAUGAAAAGCAUCAUUUGACGCGUGAGGUGUAUUCACUUUACUCUUAACCAACUAAUAAUGCGAUAAAAUCUGGCUCGAUUUAACAUACUUCUAGUAGUCGUGUCGUAUUCGAACAUUGCUAGUAUUUAAAAAAACAUGAUAAUACAAUAAUUUGGCAAUAAGAAAUUUAUUUAAAAAAAGGUUCUUUAAAUAGGUUAAGUUUUUAUGAAACUGAUAUUCUACCGUCCCGUAAUUCAACUAAUUAACACACUCUCAAUCUUGAUAAUGACCGAUACUACUACCAAACAUAGUUAACUAAUCUAUUUAUAUCGCAACCGAUAAGUAAUCAUGCUUUAACCAAAAAAGUCUCAACUCAUAGUAAUUUCCAAUCUAACUUCAACAUUACGUUAUAACUAAUAAGGUUUAAUUCAAAAAAAUAUACUCAUUUCCAAAUUAGUAAUCAUAUUACGUAUGUAGUGAUUUACACUCGCUCAUUGACUCCGAUAAUCCUUGAAUUAAAUUUCAGGAGCUCGUAUCAUGGUUAAUUGUGUAAUGUAAAAAGUGACUUAGUUUAGAAGACUAUAGGGUUCAUAUUAAGAUGUAGUGGGUAUAGAAAGAUUUGCGGUUUGGGAAGAAUUGGUAUUUUAAUAGGUUAAUCUCUAAAGAAUGUGUUGUUUAGCGUCAAUGCUAUUAUAAUUUUAUAAGAUUUGUGAUAAGGCAUUUGCUUGUAUUGACCAAAUUCCAAAAUAUUCUAAACAAUAUCAGAAACAAAUAAACAAUAUGUGAAAUAUUUCCUUUAAAAUUAGCUUGAAUCGUAAAGGGCUUAACAAUUAUAGACCGUAAUCAUACCUACCUAACCAUGUAUGUAUACUAUAACAUACCUAUAUAAUUUAUUACCAAUAUUUUACUCGCAGAAUUUUUCCCAGCAUCACUUUCAUGUUAUCUCUUAUCAGAAACUAAAAAAGUCUUAUCAUGUUCGCACAAUGCGGCCAUGUCAGUCGAGAUAACGCAUCGGCACCGAUAACUUGAUAACAGUUAUUGUAUUACCACUAUGACCACCGUAGCUGUCGUAGUUGCCGCUGAUAGCAACCUCGGUUACCAAGUCCUCAAAAAACUAACAAAAACAUACAAAGGGAAAAUAUACUUCACUACAGAAGACGAAUCUAUCGGCUACAAUAUACUUCGCACCUUAGAGAAGAAUGCGACGAAUCUACACUACUAUCGCAUGGACAUAACUUAUACGAAAAGUAUUAUCAACUUCAGACACUACGUACAAGAUCAAGAUGAAAGGAUAGACCUGCUGAUCAACAACACGGAUUAUGUACAAACUGAGAAGAAAUUGUCUCAUGCUGAGAAAGUGAGAAGAACGCUAAGUGUGAAUUUUUAUGGAUACAUCAAUUUCGGGAAGCUGAUAUAUCCUUUGUUAAUUGAAAAUGCUAAAGUCGUGAAUGUAUCGGGACCAGCUGGUCUGUUAGCGACGAUCGAGAAUGAAGCGAUUAGAAAAAGGAUCAGUGAUCCAAAUCUGACGGAAGAUGAGUUAGUAGCUGUUAUUCAAGAUUAUGAAGAGGCAUGUAGAAGAGGCAUUGAGAAAACGGAAGGUUGGGGUUUAAGCGUCCAAGCUGUAAGUAAGGUAGCUCUCAAUGCUGUUACCUUUUUGCAGCAUAGAGAAUGGAGCAGCAAAGGAAUCGUGAUUAACUGUGUCAAUCCUGGCAGUCUCAAUAGUAAAGACGAACGGAAAUCAACCAAAGUUUUCCAAGACGGCGCCAAAGCAAUUUUAUAUCUAGCACUAGAAGCACCUCUAUCUAUAAAGGGGAAUUUUGUGUGGAGCAAUUAUUCAGUUAUAGAAUGGAACUGUGACCCUUACGUUGAAGUGACAACUGUGUGAACAGAGAACAGUUAAACCAGUGUUAUAACAAUAUUCCCAGCUAUCGGAAGGCCGCAGAAAUUUUGCAGUUUGCGGCGAAAUAGCUUAGCGCGUGACAUUUCGAGAUGAUCCCAAUUUAUACAUUUCAGUGUAGCGAUGGUACUGAAGUAUGCGAGCCACGUUUCCUUGUCUAUGAUAAGAUGUGAAUAAACCUGAAACAAUAAACUGAA